AUGGUUUUCAUUGAGGGCUUACCAUCUUGUGAAGGUGCAAAUUUCAUCCUGGUGGUCAUGGAUCAUUUAAUAAAGUAUGCACAUCUCUUUCCCUUGCAUCAUCCUUACACAGUUAAGUCUGUUGCCAAGGUAUUCAUCGACAGUGUGGUCAAACUUCAUGGCAUACCUCAGACCAUAAUUUCUGAUCGAUACAAGAUCUUUACAACCUUUCACUCCCAAUUACACGCAUGUGUUCGGUGGCUUCCAUCGGUGGUCAUUCUUGAUUGGUGGCUAGUGGGCAAGGGCAAUGUUGCGACCCCACAAGUGCUUAUCCAGCAGGCUCAUGUGCCGCAGUACACGGCAUGGGAAGAUUAUUAUGUGCUCAAGCAGCGAUAUUUGGCGGCUCUCUGGAAGAAGAUGAGCAAGCUCAUGAGGAGGUGGGGGUGGGUAAUGCCUUCUUCCGGACACCACAUUAUCGCUUCGAGGAGAAAGAAGAACAAGGCCAACGCCGCCUCGAUCCUGCAGCUCCCCCUCCAGGGGACGCCGAGGCCGCUGACUAGGAGCAAGGCCAAGCAGCUUUCACGCUGCUGCAACCUGAACAUCGAGGCGUUCAUCACCGAUGCAGCGCAACCCUCCUCCUCUGAGGGCAGCGACGCAUCGGGCCCAGCGGCGUCACCCAGGUCCACUCAUGAGUAG